AGGUACAGUUAAGUUGCGGUGCAUUAGUCAUCAGUGCAGUGCGAGAGCAGGCAUCACAAUGCACAAGAAGCUCGGAAGAAGUACAACGUUCUGAUCAAAAUGACUUAAAAGUGGACCUUUGAAGGAAUUGAACUUAUUAAUUUGAUGACUGAGUUCCUCAUACGCUGCCUCAACUUCAUAGUUCAACUUCAAGGACAGCAAGACUCUUGUCUUCACGAUAGCCGGACUAAGUGGGGCCAAACAUUCAAUAAAUUUGAUUUUGAAUUCAGCCAGCGCCAGUACUCCUGCAACACAGACGUAGAAUCAGAAGAAUUAAGACGACCCUGAUCUCGGAUAGAAUCAAACAAAAUGGGUUGCUGCUAUGGAAAAGAUGAUGAUAGCAAAUUGCAAGAAAACCACCCUGGUGAAACAACUCGCUUAUUAGACCCAGCAAGGAAUACACCCAGUAGGCCUGUGAACAGUGAUCAGUUUGAUGGUCGGAGCCCUAAUGGGGUAAGAGCAGGCGAUCAACAAUCAGAACUCAAUAAGGUGCUACAAAGAGCUGUCACAAAUGUCAUAGAUGUCUCUGCAAUAGAUUCUCAAGCUUUAGAGCAACAUGAAUACAUGGAUAGAGCAAGGACAUACAGUUCAAGAGUUGCUGUGGUUGUGACAGGUCCAAAGAAACCGCUAUCAAGCUUUUUGAGACUACCCAUGGGUGUGUCCAUGCCUUACUCUGUGCUUUCUGAGGAACCGGUCUCGGUUGAUGACAUCAAUCUGAUUACCAAAACGGCAGCCAAUGCGUGGAAGGCAUCGCAGGACAUACAGGUGAAGCACAAAGAGAACUUGGUCGUCCAGUUUGGUUUGCCGCAGAACUGAGACAACUCUUCUCAUCAUUCAAAAGACUCUCAAACAAAUCAUUGAUAUUAAAGAACAUUGAGCUACGUGUGAUGAGUGCUGGUGAUGUUCAAACUGCAAAAUGAGAUGGAUAGAAGGAUGAAAUACCAGCACACCAGAGAUCCUUAUCUUCUACGGCUUGCCUCUUCAUAGUCUACUGAUUGGUUACCUGUACAUGAUGAUGAUGAACAGCAUUUGUAUAACGCCAUUUAUCGGUAAAAGAAACAUCAUUAUUAUUCGCCAUAAGGUUUCAGUCACACCUAUGAAACUGGCUCCUGGGUACGGUAAUAUAAAGAUUUGCAAAGAUGAAUAAAACCAUUCCAUUUGGUAUCAGAUUGGUAUUUCAUAAAGCUGUUUGUAAGUUACGAGUGACUGAGAUAGGGUCACCCGUCGUUCGUAAAUUUGCUCGUGAGUAACAAACAACUUUAUGAGACACCCACCUGGGGCCCGUAACACAGAGCUUAAAGGGGAAGUUCACCCUGAAGAAAACUUUGUUAUGAAAAUAGCAGAAAAAAAUAAUAAAAAAUAUUGGUGAAGGUUUGAGGAAAAUCCUUAAAAGAUUAAGAAAGUUAUUAGAGUUCAAAGUUUUGUAUUUGUGAUGUCAUAAACGCGGAGCAGCUGCCCCAUAUGUUAUGUAAUAUAAAAUGCAUGAAUUUCAAAUAUUGUAUGGUUCCUGAUGACUUAAUUUUGUUUUCUAUUCAUGAUCGAGUGUGAAAUGAUUUGUCUAUUGAUAUACAAAAGGUACAGUGAAAACCAUUUUCAAUUUUCUGAGAAAAUGACAUUUCAUUGAUUUUUUACCAUUCGCUAUGUAGGAAUGCGGCUCGCAUAUGACGUCACAAAUCAAGUAAUUGAAAUUCUAAUAACUUUUUAAUUCUUUGAUGAAUUUUUCAGCAGUAUUUUUCAUUAUUUUUUCUACUAUUUUUACAAUAAACUUUUUGUCAGGGUGAACUUCCCCUUUAAUAGCAAUGGUCAUAGAACAUUUUCUUUGAUUGAUUUCAUUGAAUACAAUGUACGAUCAAUGGUGAAAAUCAAACAUACAUAUGAUCAUUUGCUAACAUUUUUGUUACUGGACCCUGGGCAGUAGUUUGAGUAAAGUGCUCAUGCAAUGAUGGUCUCGAUUGGUCAUUUGCAUUUACUGAUUGAUCGCAAAUCUCUAUGUUAAAGAGCCCAGACCGACCGAUGAUAGGUCAUUAACGUAAUAGCUUUUCUAGGCCUGGGCCACACAACAUGAAGGUUAGCGAUAAAUUGCAAAUCUGGAUUCUGGAAGAACAAUUCUUGAUUGGUCAUUGGCAUUUAGUGAUUGAUUGCAAGUCUUUGUGUUACAGAGCCCAGACCAACCCAUGAUCGGUCCCUGGUCGCAAUGUAUUAGCAUUUGUCGGUCUGGAGUCGGUCUCACUCGUGUGACUGUAGCACAAGUUUCCAUUAUCUGUGUGUAACCAAACAGAUGGACUAUCAUGUAUUGACUUUCAUAUAAUGUAGGCAGAUAUCUGAUAAACAUAGUGUAAUAUAAUAAAGCCUACUUUAAACUUGUAAGUUUACGUUAUAUAAGUAAAAGGUAGUUAGAGUAGUCAUUUCAGGUGAAAUUGAUUUUUGAAAUGAAUUUAUUGUGAUGUCCUAAGCCAUUAAAUGGCUGAAAAAAGGAGCUUUUGAAGCUGAGGCACGCUGUCUGCCAUUUUGAUCUUGGUGUUAACAUUGGGCUGUAUCAAUAAAACUAGCAUUUUCUUUCAGAGUUUAAGCCACCUAGUAUUAUAGCUGUGAUAUACAAGUAAAUGCUCAAACCACCAGUUGCAUUCGACUUUCUCUUAGCCUUAGGUUUCCCAAAAUGCAAAAUGACUGAUUUCCAGGAUGGGGCCAAGUUUGCCAUCAAAAUUAAUUUGGUUUUUUGAGUAUCUUCUAUUUAGAAAAAAAAAACUACCAAGAUCAUUUUUCCUAUAUUUACUGGUUUGUUGCUUGUCUCUUUUAUUGAAAUGCACUCUUUACGUAAUUUGGAGUUACUCAAGCAACUCAAAGUGUGAUAUUACAACUGAUGAAGGCCAACAAGGUCACAGGUAAAAACAAAGAAACUUCAAUUUUAAAAUAGCAUUGUCUUGGUAAUGGAAUUAUAGAAUCAAGCUUAAUAGUUAAAGACCCUUUUGGAGGCGAAAUUUUGAAUUGAAAAUCAUACACCAAUGGAAAGCUGAUGGGCAUCAAAAUACAACUAUGCCAGUUUCGUGCAUUUCACAGAUUACCAACUUGGGUUUUUGUUCUAGAAGCAUUCAAACUCAUGAACAUUAUAUAUGGCACAGGCGUAAAUUUAAGCAGCAAAUAUAUUGUUCGAAGGGGGGGGAUGAACUAAACUGAAAUAAAACUUUGCCAAAAACAAAUUCUAGAGCUAUGGUAUCAAUCAAUUUGAUUUAAGCAAGAAAUACUUUUUAUUUUUACAUUUCUAAUUCACAAUUGGAAAAAAAGAAUAUAUAUAUAAUCAUUCUGUAUAUUCUAUACAUAUAUACACUACUUACGAACAGUGUAAUCUAAAUUUCGUUCUCAUAAGAUUAUGUCUUAGGCCUGAGGUAGUUUAUAGCACAAUGAAGCACAUUUUUAUGAAUUACUAUGUUUGCUUAUAAAGCAAGAUACAAGCUGGUAAGCAGUGAAAAUGCAUGAAACUUGCAUUGCUGUAAUCUGCUUUGUCAUAGCUUUCCAAUAAUGUAUAGUUAUCAUGGCUUGCGAUAUCGUCUAUUUAGGAUAUGAAAAUGGAAACCAUGUCUGAUGGCGGCCAUCUUGGAUUUUUGGCCGCCACACUUAUUUGUUGGACCCAAGAAAAAAAGAAUUGAUUUUCAUUUUUAUUUUUAACCAACAUGACAAUCUGACCCAAAUGAAGAGAGGAGGUUGCAAAAAAAUGAUAGAAAUGAAACAAAAGUUGUUCAAGAAAUAUUUUUUUUUGCAUUUAUGCAUUUCCAUAUCCAGCAAGUCUUAGUGUACAUGGACAAAUCUUUCCAAUUGAUUUCCAGGAAAAUUGUUAGGAGGAAUGCUCUAAAAAACAAAAAACAGGGCUCUGAUCCUUUUGCUCGCAGUAACUUUUUUUUUCUCUAAAGAUAGAGAAAAAUGGUAGCAAAAGUGUUUUUGUUUGCUAGUUUUAUUGAUAUGGUCCAUUGGUGCAAUUAUAGAGCAUAUUCUAUCCAACAUGAAAUGAAAGUACUGUAUGUAUUUUUUUUUAAUUGAUCUCUAAUAAAUAUGAAUUGUUUAAAGUAAUGAACAAAAUGUGUUAUUUACUUGUGACAGUUGGAAAACAUGUUGUUUUGACAGAAGUUAUUUCAUAACAUUAAUUUUGAUUUUUUUACCUGUGGACUCAAAGGAAGAAAUAAAUCAUUGAAAUUGAUUACAGAUAUUGAAAAUAUUUAAAGGUGAAAGAUCACAUUUUUUAAGCUUGAGAGGAGUGGUAUGAGUGUACUCUACAUACACUUCUCCUAGUUUUCCUCACGAUUAUUAGUGCUUCUUUGUAUCCAUUAUGCUUUAUCAAAUGAAAAUUUGAACAGAGUUGACUUGGCAACCAUUUUAUGGAUCUGCCCUCUGUCCGAAGAUGCAAGAGGCGUUAUGUUUUCGGAUCAUUUGUUUGUUUCAUUUUUAGUCCUUGCAACAACUAAAGAAUCAUUUAAUGUGUUCAUUUCAAAUGUGUCUCAUGUAUGCAUGAUUUAUAAGAAUUUCAUUAGAUUUCCGAGUUGUGGGCUUACAGGUCGCCGAGGUCAUUAUGUACAUGAAAAUGGUACAUUCCAGGGAGAAAAAUUAAUAUAUUUUUUGUUCCUUGGCCACUAUUUUAGCUCACCAGCCCAAUUGUGCUUUAUUGGGUGAUUUCAAGUUCAGUGUUGACCUUUUGGUGUUGGUGUUAGGUCAAUUUUUACACGAUUAUGAUACCAAACAUAAAAUGAAGAUGGUCCCGAAAAGUCACUCACUAGUUGUUGAGAUGUCAAUAAUGUUAUCUGGAUCAGUAUUACAAACUCUGAAUAAGUUUUGGAGAUAGCAGAAGCAAUCAAAAUUUCAACACCAACACCAAGGCAACACCAGACUUGAAAUCACCCAUUGUAUUACGGUUUACAUUGGACCCUACAGAAUUUCAUGGGCUUUUAGAAAGUUUUCAUGGCUCUUUGGGGUUUUAUUGGGUUGAAUUGCCCUGAUCCCUGUCAUAAUUCUUUUUUCUCUGGUUCAUUCUUGUGCCUGCCGAUUAGGUUACACCAUGGAGCCAGUCUGUAACAACUCCAUGGUUACACCGCCUCAUGCAUUCUUUUUUUGUUUACUGUACCUGGUGGCCAUUUCAUAUAAGCUGUUAUAAGUUAAGAGUGACUUUAAGAAAGACUAGCGAUCCUUUCUUGUGGUAAAUGAUAUUCAUCAUUAAAUGUUCAUUGGUGAUUAUUUAAUAUAUAUAUAAGAAAGGUUCACCAGUCGCUCUUAACUUACAAACAGCUUUAUGAAACGCCCACCUGAAUAGGCUGGUCACUUCCAUAAGUGUCAAGAAGUUUUGAAAGUAGUAUCAGGGUUUCAGUUUUAAAAGGGUUUUCAUCAUGUUUAUAUGUGAAUACAUACAUAUGACAGAGAUAAUCUGAUAAGAUUUUGAAAUAUAUUAAAAAUUUGAUGAGCAGUAUACUUAAGAUCUGGCAGCGAAUGAGGCAAAAACUUUGACAACAUGUAGUUGUGAAGCAAUGUAGUUUAUGCAUUAUGAAACUAAAUACAUAUAUAUAUUCCAGUAUACAUAUUGACUUCGAUUAUACAUAUUUAAUCUCGAGGAGAUUAAGAAAAUGAUGUAAAUAAAAAUUUGCAUUAAAAUAUAAA